AUGUCUGAAGCAGCUGCUAAGCCGGCCGAGGCUACAUCCGUCGCUCCGGCUGCGAGUGCCGCUCCUGCCGCCGCGGCUGUAGCUCCUUCUGCGGGGGGCGACGCUUCUGCAGAGGGGGCAGACGGCGAGAAGAAGCAGUCCAAGAAAGGAGCAAAGAAGGAGGCCAAGAUGGCUGAAGCUGCCGCCAAGAAGGCAGUCAAGGCCGCCGGAGCUCCCGCCGCACCUGCUGCAGGAACCUCUUCACGCGCCGAGAAGAAGAAGGAGAAGAAGGAGGUCGCACCGGUAGAGGAGUGGGUCAACACCACUCCCAAAGGAGAGAAGAAGGAUGUGUCUGGCAACCUGCCUGCGUCCGGGUACGACCCAAUCCAGAUCGAGGCGGCACACUAUGACUGGUGGCACCAACGAGGCUUCUUCAAGCCCCGCUAUCAAGCCGACGGCUCUCCAUUACCAGCCGGUGUCUUCAGCAUUGCGCUCCCACCACCCAACGUCACCGGUCAGCUCCACAUCGGCCAUGCGUUGACCGUAGCGAUCGAGGAUUGUAUGGUCAGAUGGAAGCGUAUGAAGGGCUUCACCGUUCUCUGGCUGCCUGGAUAUGACCACGCGGGGAUCUCGACUCAAGCGGUUGUGGAGAACAGGUUGAUCAAGACUGAGGGGAAGUCGAGGCAUGACUAUGGGCGCGAAGAGUUCUUGAAGAAGGUCUUUGAGUGGAAGGAGGUCUACCAAGGAAGAAUCACCGGCCAGAUGGAGCGUUUGGGAGCUUCGGUGGAUUGGAGCAGGGUGGCCUUCACGAUGAACGAGUCUCUCAGCAAGGCCGUUGUCGAGGCGUUCUGUACCAUGCACGAGAAGGGCCUGCUUUACCGUGCCAACCGCCUGGUCAAUUGGUGUUGCUACAUGAACACCAGUUUGUCCAACCUGGAGGUGGACCAACUCAACUUGACCGGCCGGACCUUGAUGAACGUCAAGGGGUACGACGCGAAGGAGCGAUUUGAAUUUGGUGUCAUCACUUCUUUUGCCUACCCCGUGGAGAACUCCGACGAAAAGCUCAUCAUCGCCACCACCCGUCCCGAGACCAUGCUCGGCGACACAGCCAUCGCCGUCCACCCCGACGAUCCCCGCUACACCCAUCUCCAUGGAAAAUUCGUUGUCCAUCCAAUCCUCGACCGGCGUAUACCCAUCAUCACCGACUCCAUCACCGUCGACAUGAGCUUCGGGACCGGUGCCGUCAAAAUCACCCCUGCGCACGAUCCCAACGAUUUCGAGUGUGGUAUGCGGAACAACCUCGAGUUUAUCAGCUUGAUGAAUGACGAUGGCACGUAUAACGAGAAUGCGGGGCCGUACAAGGGAAUGAAGCGGUUCCACGUACGAAAUGCCAUUCUCAAGGACCUGAAGGAGAAGGGGCUGUACGUUGAAGCCAAGGACAACGAGAUGGCGAUUCCUGUCUGCUCCAAAUCCGGCGAUGUCGUCGAGUCGAUCAUGAAGCCUCAAUGGUGGGUCAGCUGCAAGCCAAUGGCCGAGGAGGCUCUCAAGCGCACGCGUGCUGGCGAGCUGGUCAUCAAGCCAAAAACUUCCGCCAAUGAAUGGGUUAAUUGGAUGGAGAACAUGCAGGACUGGUGUAUCUCGCGUCAGCUUUGGUGGGGACACAGAUGUCCAGCGUAUCUACUGAAGAUCGAGGGGGAGUCAACAGACGCGAGUUCAUUUCGAGCAACGGCGGAGGAGAACUGGAUCGUCGCUCGUUCAUUAGCAGAAGCCGAGGAGAAGGCCAAAGCCAAAGCUGGGGACAAGGCGUUCACGUUGAGCCAGGAUGAAGAUGUGCUGGAUACUUGGUUCUCAUCUGGUCUUUGGCCAUUCUCAACGAUGGGCUGGCCCGAACAGACUAAGGACAUGGAGCAUUUCUACCCCAACACCAUCCUCGAGACCGGCUGGGACAUCAUCUUCUUCUGGGUCGCCCGGAUGGUCUUCCUCGGUAACACCCUCACCGGCCAGAUGCCAUUCAAGGAGGUCUUUUGCCACCCCAUGGUCCGCGACGCGUUCGGCCGGAAAAUGUCCAAAUCGCUCGGAAACGUCAUUGACCCGCUCGACAUUAUCACCGGUCAAAACCUCCAGAAAUUGCACGACGACCUCCGGACUGGUAAUCUACCAGAAAAGGAGAUCCAGAAGGCAGAGGACGGGCAGAAGAAGCUCUUCCCCAAGGGUAUCCCUCAGUGCGGGACGGACGCUCUUCGGUUUGCGCUCUGCAAUUACACUUCUGGUGGCCGAGAUAUCAACAUGGAGAUCAACCGAGUUGAGGGAUACCGCAAGUUCUGCAACAAGCUUUGGAACGCGACCAAGUUCUGCCUCUUCCGGAUGGGCCUUGUCGAGCUUGACGGCACCCGCCUGCAGUCUACCUUUACGCCUCACGCGUCGGCAUUGCCAACGGGCAAGGAGAGUCUCGCUGAGAAGUGGUUGUUCCACAAGCUCAACUAUGCGGCGAGGGCGGUGAAUGAGGCUUUGGAGAAGCGGGAGUUCUCGGAAGCUAGCUCGGCGGCGCACCACUUCUUCCUUUACGACUUGUGCGAUGUCUUCAUUGAAGCGACAAAGCCCCUCUUUGAAGCCAACGAGGAGUCGGACGCCAAGCUUUCCGCGCAAAACACCCUGUACACCUGUCUCGAGGGCGGUCUCAAGCUCCUUCACCCCUUCAUGCCAUACGUCACCGAGGACCUCUGGCAGCGUCUCCCCCGGCGCGCUGGGGAUGACUGCGAGUCCAUCAUGAUCUCGACCUUCCCAGAAGCUAUCCCCGAACAAGACUUCCCCAAGGCCGAGACCGAUUUCGAUCUCGUCAACAGCACCAUCCGUUCCGCUCGAUCCGUCGCGGGCAUGUACAACCUCCCCACCAACGGCAAGACCCUCGAAGACAAGAUCACCGUUCUCGUCCAAGCCAAGACGGCGGCCAUUCGUCAGAUGCUCGAAUCGCAAGAAUCGAUCAUCGUUGCUCUCACCAAAGGCGCGGGCCAGGCCAAGUUUAUCGAGAAGGAUGAAGAGGUACCGCAGGGGUGUGGAAGCGAGGUCGUUUCGGGGGAUGUGACGGUUCAUAUUCCUGUUCAGGGCAAGGUUGACGCUGCGGCGGAAAUCAACAAGCUGGAGAAGAAGGCCGAGUUGACCGAGGCCAACAAGGAGAAGUUGAAGAAGACUAUGGAGCUGCCUAAUUACGAGAAGAAUGUCAAGGAGGAGGUCAGGCAGGGGAACUCGGACAGGAUGGACAUGUUUGAGAAUGAGGUGGAGACGCUGCGGUCGGCGAUUGAGCGGUUCAAAUUAUUGCUAUAG